GCAGAGACACAACGUCUCUGCUUCACACGCCACAGGGAGGACAGACGGGUGCGAGAAGAGAACGAGGUGAAGAGGAGCCAGAGCAACAGACAGGAGGAGGGGGGACAGAAGAAGAGGGAGAGGUGUGAGACUUCAAGGUAGAAGAAGAAGAAGAAAGUUAGAAACGAGGAGGUGAAGAGACGGAGGAAAGACGAGGGAGGAGAGGAAAGUGGAGCACAAAGAGGAGAAGUGACACGAUGGAGGAGGACAUCAGGAAACAGGGGAUGCUGUACCUGCAGCAGCAGAGGUUUGGAAAGAAAUGGAAGCGUGUGUGGUGUGUCUUGUUCAGAGAAAGUUCCUGUUCGAUCUCCAGACUGGAGUUCUUUGAGUGUAAAGAUGGAGGAGCAGAGAAGAGCGACAAAAAUCUACGCAAACAGCAAGAACACAAGAAGGUGAUCCGUCUGGCCGACUGUAUCCGGGUGUCCGAGGUGGAGAUGGAUGGAUGUCCCCGAGAGACGGGACCCUUCCUGGUCGAGACUCUUGAGAACUGCGGUGCUGCGUGUGAA